AUGACUUCUGGUGUUCACGUACAACAAGCACACGCGGUGCAUCCUGUCAUAAGCAUAUUCUUGGAGACCUUCGCUCGCUGCAAUCCUCCAAUUCAUAUUGGUCCCCGUCCCAUCGAAUUUAUUUCUCAUCACUAUCAUACAUGGCAUCGCGGCAUACUUCUAUUGGAAAAUCAAGCUUUAUGCAUCCCAAGGAUGCUUAAUAACGCUUCAUGUAUGCAGCAAACGUUAGAUCCCGUACUUCAAGAGCAGUUGGAUGUUUUGGAUUAUCUUCGAUCUCUCUACUCAGAGCUAGCUGAAUUUGAUCAGUAUGCAGCUGUAUGGAACCGUCGAGCAUUCACAGUUGAUACUGGGGAUGUUGAAGAGGGCCUAGAACUUUGCCAAGCUACUGCUAGUACACUCCUUCAUAAAAUGGAGAAUCAGUUUGGUAAGAACCCAGUAGGAGAGGCUGCCUCGAAGGAGUAUGAGUUUCUAGACAACGCUUACAUCCAGUGUAAAUGCGCAGAUUAG